AUGACCAUGAAGAGUUUCCCUGUUCUCAAUGAUGCUUCUUUGGAAGAUGCCGUAGAAAAGCUUUUACACUGGUCGCUUGUUCACGGGUUAGUGAUGUAUCCAACCGGUUUCAAGAGCUUCAAUACCAAUGCUGCCCCAGUGACCCUUUUCCCAACCCCAUUCCCAAGAGAUGGCUUGAACGCAGCCCUUAAUGUCCAAACUCUAUUCAACGAGCUAUAUGCCAAAGUUGCUACUGAUGAAGAAUGGCUCAGCUUGAUUAUGGAUGAACUUAUCGAUGUUGAUAAGGAAUUUACUGGUAAGCUUUGGCAAACCCAUAAGAGAGCCAAGGAAAUUGGCAUUUCUCAACCAUUAUCCUUGAGUUUAGUGAGAAGUGAUUAUAUGCUUGACGAAAACACCGGGAAAAUCAAGCAAAUUGAAUAUAAUGCCAUUUCGGUAUCUUUUGGGGGUCUUUCUCCAAAAGUUUCUGAUUUGCAUCGUUAUUUGAAUCAUGCUGGUGCUUAUGAUUCAAGAGGAUCUCAGAAGUAUUAUGAAGAUGGUGAAUUGGCAACUACAGAAGCCUCAGACAAACUAGUUGAAGGUUUCAAUGACGCAGUGAAAUUAUACAAUGGCAGAGCAGAUAAUAACACAACUAUUGUAUUAGUUGUAGUGCAAGAAAAUGAAAGAAAUGUCUUUGACCAAAGACAUUUGGAAUAUGCUUUGUUGAAUAACCAUGGAAUUAAAUCACAAAGAGCUACUUUAAGUGAAGUUUCAAAUGUAACUAGAAUUGAUUCCGAGAGUAAAAAGAUUUACUAUAUUCCAACUGGUGAUGAGAUUUCGGUAAUCUAUUAUAGAACUGGCUAUUCUCCAAGUGAUUAUAGCUCUGAAGCUGAUUGGGAAACAAGACUACAAUUGGAAACCUCAAAAGCAAUUAAAUGUCCAACGUUGUUAUCUCAAUUGAGUGGUGCCAAGAAGAUUCAGCAGCUUUUGACCGAUAGAGAAUUGGUUUCUAAAUAUAUCUCCAAGCUGAAUAUUGAUACCCUUUUUUCAAAAUUUGUUGAUAUAUGGCCAUUAGACAAUUCUGAGCUUGGUAAAAAGGCAAAGAAACUAGCAUUUGAAUGUCCAGAGAAGUUUGUCUUGAAACCUCAAAGAGAAGGUGGUGGUAAUAAUAUCUAUAAAGAAGAUAUUCCGGGCUUUUUAUCAAAGCUUCCGGAAGAUAAGUGGAAUGCCUAUAUUUUAAUGGACUUGAUCUCCCCGUCAACCCAUAAGAAUACAGUAAUUCGUGAAGACAAGUUGUAUACCGAAGACGUGGUCAGUGAAUUGGGUAUUUUUGGGACUAUCAUUUGGGAUAGUGGCACUGGAGAAAUCAAAAGCAAUAAGACCGCUGAUUACUUAUUGAGAUCCAAGUUUAGCAGUAGCAAUGAAGGUGGUGUCGCUGCUGGGUUUGGGUGCGUUGAUAGUCUUUACUUAUACUAA